AAGAAAGGGAAAUUUUAUAUCCUUUUGCAUAAUCCGCAUUCCACAAUGGUGGUGUUGAUGUGGUCGCGAAGGAAGUUUCACUAUUGUUGCGUCAAGCAAUUUGUUUGCUAACAUAAAAAGGUGAAAGCAGAGAUUUAAAAACAGGCGAAAGCAAAGCAAAACGCUUCAUUUGCACUUCUCGUCUGAAAACAGAGAGCAAUGGAGCUCUCCUUUCGCUCCCAUUUUCUCCUCUCAGUCCUGCUUUUGUGUCUGGUGCAUUCAACCGCCUUCGCCUUGAAAAAGCCUUACAUCGUGUACCUAGGAUCUCAUGCACACGGUCCAGAACCGACCGCAGCAGAAAUUGAAAGUGCCACCAAUUCUCAUUAUGAUUUACUUGGAUCGUACUUGGGAAGCAAUGAGAAGGCUCAGGAGGCAAUUUUCUAUUCAUACACUCAUCACAUCAAUGGUUUUGCUGCAAUUCUCGAUGAGGAUCAAGCGGCAGAAGUUGCGAAGCACCCGGAUGUCUUAUCUGUGUUCCUAAGCAAAGGAAGGAAAUUGCACACAACAAGGUCAUGGCAUUUCUUGGGGCUAGAGAGAAAUGGGGUGAUCCAUAAGAAUUCCAUCUUGAGGAAGGCUAGGUUUGGUGAAGAUACAAUUAUCGGCAACCUUGACACCGGUGUUUGGCCAGAAUCGAAGAGCUUUAGCGAUGAAGGGAUGGGUCCUAUCCCAGGAAAGUGGCGCGGAAUCUGUCAGCGGGGCAUAAAAGAUGGGUUUUCUUGCAACAGGAAGCUGAUCGGAGCGAGGUACUUCAACAAAGGAUAUGCUGCAUAUGCUGCUUUGAACUCCACGUUCUAUACGGCACGGGAUCAUGAUGGUCAUGGGUCCCACACUCUAUCGACAGCCGGAGGAAGCUUGGUCCCGGGAGCAAGUGUUUUUGGCUACGGCAAUGGAACAGCUAAGGGAGGAUCUCCAAAGGCCCGUGUUGUGGCUUACAAAGUGUGCUGGCCUCCGUUGGAAAAUGUCGGCUGCUUUGACGCAGAUGUCUUGGCAGGCUUUGAUGCUGCGAUUAGUGAUGGUGUUGAUGUUCUGUCGGUCUCUUUGGGCGAUGAACCGGCCGAGUUUUUCAUGGAUGGAAUUGUCAUUGGAUCCUUCCACGCAGCUAGGAAUGGGAUUGUGGUGGUUUCUUCCGCCGGCAACUCAGGGCCCCAACCAGGGACAGUGCUUAAUGUUGCUCCGUGGAUGAUCACCGUUGCUGCAAGCACAAUUGACCGGGAAUUCACGACAUACAUUGCUCUUGGAAACAAGCAGCAUCUAAAGGGAUCAAGCCUUUCGGCCAAUGAGUUGCCAUCCAAUAAAUUCUAUCCACUAAUCAGUGGUGCAGAUGCACAGGCUGCAAAUGUGUCGGCCGCAGAAGCUUUGCUCUGCAAGGCUGGAACCCUCGACCGCAAGAAGGUGAAGGGGAAGAUCUUGGCUUGCCUUCUCGUUGAUAACAAGAGAAUCGUCGUGGGUCAGCAAGCUGCGCUUGCAGGUGCUGUUGGGAUGGUUUUGGCUAAUGAUGAAGCGAAUGGAAAUGAUGUUGUUGCUGAUGCUCAUGUUCUUCCCGCUGCUCACAUCUCUUUCGUGGAUGGGAAAGUUCUAUUUGCUUACAUCAACUCCACGGCGUUUCCGAUGGCUUACAUUACUCGUGUGAAGACAAUGUUAAACACGACACCUGCUCCAUUUAUGGCCUCCUUCUCAUCCAGGGGACCAAACAUCGUUGAGCCAGCUAUCCUUAAGCCAGACAUAACAGCACCAGGAUUGAACAUCAUUGCUGCUUAUACACUGGCAGUCGGUCCGGCAGGUCAAGAUUUCGACAAGCGUAAAACGCCUUUCAGUGCAGAGUCAGGCACCUCAAUGUCCUGUCCUCACGUGGCUGGCAUUGUGGGUCUCCUCAAAACCCUCUAUCCAAGUUGGAGUCCUGCCGCGAUACAAUCAGCGAUCAUGACAACUGCAAGAACACGAGACAACAAGCUAGAGCCGAUGCUCGAUGCAUCUUUUGCUAGGGCAACUCCAUUCUCCUACGGUGCUGGACACAUCCGGCCAAAUCGCGCCAUGAACCCUGGUCUUGUGUAUGACUUGACGGCAAACGACUACUUGGACUUCCUAUGCGCCCGAGGCUACAAUGAAUCCCAACUGAGACUAUUCACCAAUGAGACUCACAGAUGCCCUAAACACUUUAAAACAUCGGAUUUGAACUACCCUUCUAUCACUGUCCCAGAUCUCAACGGCACAAUGGUGGUCACAAGAAGGAUGAAGAAUGUGGGGACUCCUGGCACGUAUUCUGCACACAUUAAGGCACCAGCAGGAGUGUCGCUCUCCGUCCAACCACAGAACCUGAAGUUUGAAAAGUGCGGGGAAGAGAAGGAAUUCAAGGUGGUGCUGAAACCUAAAGUUGCUGGCAAGCCCGUUGACUAUGUGUUUGGAAAGUUGAUCUGGUCUGACGGGGUGCAUUACGUGAGGAGUCCUUUGGUUGUGAAGCACCAGUGAACAUGACAACCACUACAAGGAAGACUGUGGCUUGGCAAGCUAAAUAGGAUCUGAUGGUAGCUGGCUCUAGCCUUCAUUUUUCUCUUAGGGGAAUAGGGGUUUUCUCAAAGACAAUGAAAUGGUGUAGCCAUCUUUAAUCUAUCUUAAGCCCUUGAAGUCAA